AUGUGGAAGAUCAUCCCGAGAGUAGCAACCCGAAUGAAGUUAGGUGUCCAUGUUUUAAAUGCAAAAACAAACGUCUCUGGGAUCCAGAUACGGUCAAACUUCAUUUGUAUCGCAGCGGUUUUUUUACCUAAUUACUACGAGUGGAUGUGUCAUGGGGAAGGGUUUCCAGGAACUCGUAGAAGGGAGUCAAAUGAAUAUCGUGAAAUGGUUUUGGAUGCCUUUGGUCAGUCUCAAGAUCAAGGCCAUUCCGAAGAGCCACCUGUUUCAUUAGAGGAGGAGCUUAAUGCACAAGCCAAGCCAUUUUUUGAUUUGUUAAGGGCUUCUGAACAACCGUUGUACGAAGGGAGUUCAUUGUCUGUGUUAGAGAUGGCUUCUAGAAUCACUAGCCUAAAGUGUGAGUAUAAUUUACCGCACAGAUGUGUUGAUGGAUUUGCUUCUUUGGUUAAUGAAGCGAUUCCUAACAACCACAUGGCCGAGACAUUCUAUGAGAUCAAGAAAAUUGUUAAGGGGUUAGAGCUGCCCCAUGAAAAGAUUCAUGCAUGCCCGAAAGGAUGUAUGUUGUUUUGGAAAGAUGAUGCUCAAUUAUCUACAUGUAGGGUGUGUGGCAGCGACCGAUACAAGAAGACUUCUAAAGGUAGCUUAGUGCCUUUGAAUGUUCUAUUUUAUUUCCCUAUCACACCUAGGUUGCAAAGGCUUUUUGCAACUAAAAACAUUUCUGAGGAAAUGACAUGGCAUGCUAAAAAUCUUCGAGUUCAAGGCACAAUGGCACACCCUAGCGAUAGUGAAGCGUGGAAACACCUAGAUAGUUGUUUUCUUGAGUUUUCCUCUAAACCUCGUAAUGUUCGACUUGGCCUAUGUACGGAUGGAUUUGCUCCACAUGGUCAGUUUGGGGGACAGUAUUCAUGUUGGCCUGUCAUUUUGACCCCUUAUAACUUGCCUCCGUCAAUGUGUAUGAAAAGACAGUUCAUGUUUCUUUUGUUACUCGUUCCUGGUCCUAAAAACCCUAAGGGCAACUUGGAUGUUUACAUGCAGCCGCUCAUACACGAGUUGAAACAAUUGUGGGAAGUUGGGGCAAAUACUUACGAUAUUUCGAGAAAACAAAAUUUCAAUCUUCGAGCAGCCAUCCUAUGGACCGUUAGUGACUUCCCGACUUAUGGUAUGUUAUCUGGUUGGACCACAGCCGGUAAGAAGGCUUGUCCAUAUUGCAUGGAGAAAAGCAAAGCAUUUUGGCUCGAAAAUUGUGGUAAGGUUUCUUGGUUUGACUGCCAUCGUCAAUUCUUUCCGACAAAUCAUCCUUUUCGAAAUAGUAAAAAUGCACGUUAA